CGCGCCAGCCGCGUCCUAGCGCCGGAGCCGCACGGCCCAGCAGCGAGCGCCCAGCCCGGCCCGGCCCCGCCAGCCGCCCCCCAUGGAGGAGCAGCCUCACCACCACCAUCACCACCAUUACUAUUACUACGGCCACCACCACCACCACCCGCAGAGCACCUACCUGCCGCCGUCCGACGGACGAGCCCAGCCCAAGCCGCCGCUCCGACACGAGCACAGGCACGGCGGCCCGCAGCACCAGGAGACGCCGAAGCGGAGAACAGGCUAUGGAGAGCUAAAUGGUAACGCAGGAGAAAGAGAAGUGUCAUUAAAGGGCCUGUGCUCUGAUGAAGCCACCACCCCAGGAUCCAGGGUACCCAAUGGCAGCCAGCAGCUUGUAGACACUAAUGUGACCCCAAAGCAGACUGUGAAGGCCAGUGCUUUGGGGAAAGCUGGAAUCAAACCCAAGAACUUCGUUCAGAAAAAUAGCAUGGACAAAAAGAAUGAGAAGUCCUAUGAAAACAAAAUUAGAGAAAGCCAGCCCUCAGACAAGCCAGAAGGAGUGUCUAUCCCGAACGGUGUGGUGACCAAUAAUUCUGGCUACAUCACUAAUGGCUAUGUAGGCAAAGGGGCUGACAACGAUGGCAGUGGCUCUGAGAGUGGAUAUACUACGCCGAAAAAACGGAAAGGCAGGCGCAACAGUGCCAAGGGUUGCGAGAACUUGAAUCUAGUACAGGACAAAAUAAUGCACCAGGAGGUCAGCACACCAUCCUUAAAACAGGAACCGGAGAGUUUCAAGCCUGAUUAUAGUGAACAAAAGGGGAACAGAAUUGAAAAUGCUAAGCCUGUUUGGAAAUAUGAGGCUGGGGCUGGUGGUGGAGCAGGCCGGGGAAAGCCUGGGCUUGGGGACGUGCAGCGAAAAAACUCUGAUGCCAAACCUGGGAUUAGCAGCAAGAAGUUUGAUGACCGGCCCAAAGGGAAACACGCAUCAUCAGCUACGUCUAAAGAGGACUCAUGGACCUUAUUUAAACCACCCCCAGUUUUUCCAGUGGACAAUAGCAGUGCUAAAAUUGUUCCCAAAAUAAGUUAUGCAAGUAAAGUUAAAGAAAACCUCAACAAAGCAGCUCAAACCCCAUCCACGUCGUCUUCGUCAUCAUCAUCAUCUGCUGGGGAGACUCAGGCCCAAACAUCAAGUCGACUGUCCCAAGUCCCCAUGUCUGCUAUGAAAUCUGUGACUUCUGCUAGCUUCUCGAAUGGGCCAAUUCUGGCAGGGACUGAUGGAAGUGUCUAUUCUCCAGGGACCCAGCCACUGCUCUCAACUGCUGCUAGUACUGUACCAUCAACCUCCUCCGAGUCUGGACCCCAGGACAUGAGUACAACUUCAACAGCUCUUGAACAAAAGAAAUCUAGCCUUUUUAUCUACCCUUCAAAUAUGCAAACUGUGCUUCUGGGUACAGCGCAAGUCGAUUUCCCAUCACAGACCAAUCAGCAAAACCUGGGAGAUAUCUUCCAGAAUCAGUGGGGUUUAUCUUUCAUAAACGAGCCCAGCGCUGGACCUGAAACUGUUGCGGGGAAAUCUGCGGAUAAUCAGUUAAUGGAAGUGACAUUUCAAGGGGAAUAUCCUGCUACUUUGGUUUCACAGUGUGCUGAAAUCAUUCCCUCAGGAACUGAACAACCUGUGUUUCCUAAGGCUUAUGAGCUGGAUAAACGGACUAGCCCUCAAAUUCUUAGCUCUAUUCUUAAGCCUGGGACUGCUGUUGAGGGUAGUGUCUUAGCUUUGGAGUCGCAUCACACAGGUGACCUACAAAAGGCAGACACUGGUAGCCAAGGUGCUUUAGUGUUUCUUUCGAAAGACUAUGAAGUAGAGAAUCCUCUGGCCUCUCCUACGAACAAUUUGCUAGCCUCCGCCAAAGAACAGAGGUACCAGAGAGGCCUAGAAAGGAAAGAUAGCUGGGGUUCUUUUGACCUGAGGGCUGCUAUUAUAUAUCACACUAAAGAAAUGGAAUCGGUUUUGAAUUUGCAGAAGCAAGAUCCCAAAAGGAUAAUCAUUUAUGAUGAAGCCAUGGAUCGCCCGGAUCAAUGAAGGUAGCAAGACAAGACUGCCUGUUAUAACCUUUCUGCAGCAUUUGUGCUGUUCAUGGGGGACAAAAGGCUUUUAUGCUCCUUCUAAAUCUUCAGUUCAGCAGAGGAACCAUAACUAGAAUCACAGGAUAAUAUAUACAAAUAUAUAUAUAGUUAUUUAAAAAUGGCAACUGAAAGUAAUUAGACUCUUAAGGAAUCUGAAAAUUUAUUUCAACGAGACUACACACGUGAUUAUUUAAUCUCCGGUACUGAAUAGAUUUUUUUUUUCUUUCAUUUUUUUUUUGUUUUGUUUUUGUUUCAAGAGUGAAUGCAAGUGAUUAACAAAUACAGACUUGAUUUACAAGCCCGGUUCUAAAGUUCCUGCUGUCGUCUGCAAGGGCAACAGCAACCCACUGGAGAGGCAUUUCCACUUCACAAGGUUUCUGUUUCUUGUUCUGUGACUGUAGUGACACAGGGAUAUCAGGAUGAUUCACCAUCCUUCAUCUCUCCUUUCCCUUCCAUCUUCCAUAUUUGUUGCUAUUUUUGGUUUGGUUUUUUUUCUUUUUUUUUUUCCUUCUGUUUUCCAUUGAAUGCUGGAGAAACACCUUGGAAGUUUGCAGAGUUUAUUUUUUUUGUUGUUUUUUUUUUUCCAGAGAAUUAUAAUCUGCAUGUUUUGCCAGGAGUAAAGCAGCCAAUCAUAUGCUGGGGAUAUUGUCUUAAAACAUCAUUCUUCUGGGGGAAAGAUGGUAAUACUGCAGUUCUAGGAUUCAUGGUGAAGUCACACAGUUGACCUGGCUCCGGUUACACGUUGGACUAUUGCAACUGAAGAGUUCUUUCAUUUUAAAAGACAACAUGCAAAAAUAAGCAAUCUGUUUAGGCAUUUAAUAUGGAAAAAAACAUUAAAAAAACCCCAAAACAACAAAAAAACCCCCGCUGUUCCCACAGUUUAAUGCCAUUGUAUUACUGGGAGCAAAAAAAAAAAAAAAAAAAAAAAAAAAAUCUUCUGCUUUCAGCUGUAGGUGCUUCAUAUAUGCUCUGUCUGUCUCCUAACACUAAAUGUGCCGGAUUUUUUUCCCCGUUUUCAUUGGAAAACUGAAGAGGAAGUGAGUUCUGCUAACUUUCACCCUUCUUGUUUUAUUUUUUUCUCUUUAAAAAAAAUCAAAAUUUAAAAAAAAAAGGAAAAAGUUUUUAAAAAGUUGAAAAAAAAACAAAAAAAGAAAAAAAAAACCAAGAAAAAAAAACCACACCAGGAAUUUGAAUCCUUUUCAGUUUGUCCAUAGAAUACCAGUGGCUGGGUUUCCUGCACCUGCCCAUUGGAAAUGCUCUUUUAUAUUUUAAUGCAGUCUGUGUAUUUCUGGGCUCUGCUUCUAAUUAUCUCUUAAUAAAAAUAUAUUUUAUUACAAAAAUGGAGGACUUAGGAAUUAAAAUAAUAAUUUAAAAAAAUUUAAAAUUAAUAAAAAUAUCAAGGAAAGGCAAGCUUCCUAGCAGUGGUAGAUAAGGCUGAGCAGACUGCAGGCUCCAGCCGUGUAACCCGCUCUGUCCCAUCGCAGCUUGUGUAGAGUGUCCAAAUUGUCCUGGGGUUGGGGAGGUAUUUUUCUGUUUUUGCUUUGUUUUUUUUAAAAGGUGGAAAGUUCACAGGGUCCAGUGUAAGAGCAAGCAGUCAAUGAAGCAAAAACGGGUUUUCUGACCUGCCCAGUGCUCAUAAUAGGUGAAUGCUGGUGUCACUGGGCAUCGAGGUCAGCAGCAGCUGGUGUCUCUUGAAAUUGGACUGGACCCUAUGGGGCAUUAGAGGAAGCAGAUAAGCCCAAAACUUUUGCCUACCCCUUGUGCUUAGAUUUAUCCACUUGUUUUUGUUUUGUUAACUAGGAGUAUGUAGCAGGCUCUUUUUUUUUAAAUUGUUUUUAUUCUGUUAAUUGUUCCAGAAUGAAACAGUUUGGUUCAUGGUGGGACAAUGAAACUUAAUUCUGUACCUUUUGUAAGACUGCAAGCUUUCUGCCACGCUUAGUUUUAAGAGUCUGAUUAUGGAUUGCCUACUCCAUUUUAUGUAUAAAAUACUAUAUAGUAUAAUACUGUAGUGUGAUACUAUAUAGUAAUCAUGUAUUGUAUCAGUCCAGGUUUGGAAAUGUGUGGUUGGCCAGUCGCAAAUAGUUCUGUUUCACCUAUAAACUGUACCACCACCUUUACAGGUGUGUGCAUAACUUUCAGAUGUAUAACAUGUUUACAGAUGUGCCCGACAUCUAGUCCUCUGUUCCUAUUUUUGAUUCUGUUGAGUCUCCCAACUGCUUGCCAAAAGUUGGAAUCACCUCUGGCUCUGCUGCAGAGGAGCUGGGGCAUUCCCGAGCUUUAAAGUGUUGAACAAACUGGAUGGUGGGGCUGGGAAGAUAAAGGUAAAAGAAAUGCUCUUUUUUUCUUUAAUUAUUAUUACUAAUUUUCAAAGAGUUGAAGGCUAAUAGCAAAGUUUCCAGUUUGUUUUACUGGCUUUAAGGCUCUGCUGUGUAUUUAUUUGCCUUGUGUAGUCACUUGUCGCCUUAAGGGCUGGGUUCCAUUAAAAAAGAAAAAAGAAAAAAAAACUUUAAAAAAACCUAAAAAAAAAAAAAAAAAAAAAACCACCAACCUAAAAAAAUACAAAACCAACCCUGUUUUGCUUCCCUGAGGUCUGUGUUGUCCUGGUACCCCCAGCCCCAGACGGGUUCUUGGGGCUGGCAAGUUGCAGAAGCUGAACAGCAAUAACCCGUGCUGAAUCUGACCUCCUGUGUUUAGAAAGGUCCGAGUCUUGCUGGAGUAUUUGAGGACUCUCAUCUUGGCCCAGUCCAGUCUAUCUCCUAAACAGCAAAAGAAGUGCUGAAAGAAACAUGGUCCAAAUGAUGGGUUGGGAUGUCUCUUUUUUUCCCUGAUGUUUGUCCCUGCUGCUCUGCCUCGCUGCGCCUGGCCCCUUGCCAGGGGAGCCCAUCCAGAAACACCCUCGGCAGCCUCUCUGCUGUAUUUCUCCUCUCUUCAGGUGUCUGUCUCUCUGUCUCCAUCAGCUCCACAGCGUGUGCUCAGUGCUAAGCAGUUAGGAAAUCCUCUCUCUGAGCUCCUGCUCGCCGGCACAGGCGGUAUUUCUGGGAUAGAAAUAUUGCCUAGAGCCAGGCAGGACCGUGGAAGGAACUUCCUCGUGCUGUCAUGUAACUCACCCUGUUGCUAUCUGCAGUCCUCCCAAAGUCCUCACACAAUUCUUUACUGAGCACUUAUUAAAAAUAUCUUAAGAUUUAA